GUUAAGUUGUAGUCUUCUUGUAGAAUAGGAGGCGCCUCACCAUAAUCCUUCCAUUCUCAGCAACACACACACACACACACACAAACCCUUCUUACAUCAUCAAUGCCCGUAAUAAUCACCACAUAAAACAACAACCAUUUCACAUCUUCUCACCACUCAAAUCCGAUCAAAAUCCACUCAAAAUCGACGUUAACACCAAUGGCAACUCAUAUUCCUCCACCCGCAGCACCCUCACCGGCGGCGGAACCCGUCAAGCCGGAGAAAGUUGACUACAUGGACCUGCCGUGCCCUAUUCCGUACGAGGAGAUCCACCGUGAAGCCAUGAUGUCCUUGAAGCCAGAACAUUUUGAGGGUAUGCGUUUUGAUUUUACCAAGGGUCUAAAUCAAAAGUUUUCUCUAAGUCACAGUAUUGUUAUGGGACCUACUGAAGUCCCUUCUCAAUCUGCUGAAACGAUUAAGAUUCCUACUGCAAACUAUGAGUUUGGUGCUAACUUUAUAGACCCAAAGUUGAUGCUUUUCGGAAGGAUUUUGACUGAUGGGCGGCUAAGUGCGCGAGUGAAAUGCGACUUGUCUGAGAAUCUUACUAUGAAGGCCAAUGCUCAGCUUACAAAUGAGCCUCACAUGUCACAUGGAAUGUUCAACUUUGACUAUAAGGGUUCGGACUACAGGACUCAGUUACAACUAGGAAAUGGUGGCCUGAUCGGAGCUAGUUAUAUUCAGAGUGUGACACCUCACCUGUCUUUAGGUGGCGAAGUGUUUUGGGCUGGUCAGCACAGGAAGUCUGGUCUUGGUUAUGCUGCACGAUACAACACUGAUAAAAUGGUUGCAUCAGGACAAAUUGCUAGCACUGGAAUGGUGGUUCUUGGUUAUGUUCAGAAAGUGUCUGAAAAGGUUUCGCUGGCAACCGAUAUGAUGUACAAUUACAUGUCAAGAGAUGUCACUGCUAGCUUUGGCUAUGAUUAUAUACUCCGUCAGUGUCGCCUUAGAGGGAAGAUCGACUCAAAUGGUUGUACGUCUGCAUUUCUUGAAGAAAGGUUGAAUAUGGGUCUAAAUUUCAUUCUGUCAGCUGAGAUAGACCACAAGAAGAAAGACUACAAGUUUGGGUUCGGGUUGACAGUUGGAGAAUAGAUCAAAAACCAUGAGCCGGGAUGCAAGCUUUUAGGAUUUAAAUUUGUUUCUGAGUAACGGUCUGUCAUACCGAGUGUGAUCUUUUUGUUUUAUUUUAUGAUGGACAGUGUCAGUUUUGUACUCUUUUUGAAGCAGCAUUAUUUCUAGCGGCUAUUAAAGCUGCGCAGACCGUUUAGAGCAUAACAUAAAAUUCAGUUGUCAAGUUUUGCAGCUUGGACAUGUAAUCACUUUGAAUUCCUACUUGAAGCUGUAGAAUGCGAUUUGACAAUACAUUAUUUAUUUCGACACA